GUAGGAGGGAGGGCUGCUUUGUUGUUUUGUUCCUGUGUGGCCUUUAGAAAGUGGCUUUUGUGUGCAGCGGGAGAAACCUGGUUUCAGAUGCCAGCCCAGCCGGAACAUCUUCAGGCUCAUUAAUUAUGGAGGCGCCUGACAGGGGUAGCUUCGCUUGCUUUGUUUCCACGGUAGAUGAAAGGGGACAUGGAUCUUUCUGUUUUGCCCAAUAACAACCAUCCUGACAAAUUCCUGCAGCUUGACGUGAAGUCUUUAAUGAGGAGCUCAACCCUUCUGCAGGCUAGCCUCGCGAGAUUUCCGGGUGGAAAUUAUCCUGCCACACAACACUGGCAAAACCUUGUCUACUCACAGAGCCCCGUGGCUUCUCAGAGGAACUCUGUGAGCCGGAGAGAAAAGGCGGCGGUGUACUUCACAUCUGCACCCUUGGUAUAUUGCUGCUAUACACAUCCUGAGAGGCUUUACCUAAAGGCAGAAUUCAAAUUCUUUUUUUUGGAGGUCCUUUCUACAAUAUCAGAAUCUGCAUUAUGCCUGCAUACCAAGAAGACAGAGAGGAAGACACAUGUACUAUUGGGGAGAGAGAAAAAACCAUUGCUACUCAGCGAAUCAAGGGAUUUGGUGUGGAGAACCCAGUCCUUCCUGAGAGUCCUCCAGCAUCCAUGUCUUCAGUUAUGAAGAACAACCCGUUGUAUGGUGACAUAACUUUGGAAGAAGCUAUGGAAGAAAGGAAAAAGAGUCCUUCAUGGACCAUUGAGGAGUAUGACAAGCAUUCUGUGCAUACAAAUCUCUCUGGACAUCUGAAGGAAAACCCCAACGACCUGCGCUUUUGGUUGGGGGAUACGUACACUCCUGGCUUCGACACUCUGCUGAAAAAGAAGAAGAAACGCAACAAGCGAUCAAAAUUGUGUCACAUGGGUCUGAUUUUACUCCUUGUGGCCUCCAUUCUGGUUACCAUAGUGACUCUCAGCACCAUAUUCUCUUAAGGAAGCUGCAGACCCAUCUUUAAAGCUCUAAAAUGCCUUCUAAGUACUUGCAAGAGAAUCUGUCUGUGCAUUGUGAACGUCCGCAUUGCUAACUGUGUGACCAAACACCAUUGUCCUUUAGAAUGUGAGCGUCGCUUGUGUUAUGUUGGCCUCUCUGCUUUGGUCUGUGAAACCUGUGUGUCAUUCCAGUCUGGGUUUGUCCUUUGUGAAGCAGGUAUUCCAGGGGCUCACAAUAUCAAAAGUCACUCCAUACAGUUAACAAUCAAGCUUUAGAUUGGAAGCGGACUGCGCCAAGUGCUGGCAACUGCUUGUCUUCAUGCUUACCUGUUUUUCACAUCAUUCCUCCUUCCUCCUCCUCCCUCCUCCUUCCUCCUCCUCCUCUUCCUCCUUCUUUUCCUUCUCCUCUGGGCACUCGGGAAGCUGUAGCUCAUCUGCCCAACAGCUAGGGUGACCAGAAGGCUUCUGCUGAGCUACCCCUCAGUUUAGAUCUGUUUUACCCUCCUUUAUCUCCGCUUAAGUUAAAGGCGGAUAAAGUCGAAGGGAGACAUUGUUCAAACCUAUUGUAAUUUCCCCAGUGAUCCUUUCUGGAAACCUAAAUUGUAUGUUGUUGUUUUAGCAGAAACAAACUUGGUCAGCCACAGCUGCAUAAUCAAUUAAGUUACAUCCAAUCGUGCUUGGGGAUUGAUAGGAACUGGCAAGUGUGACCUCUAGUGGCAGUGGGUACACGUUUACCAGAAAUAGGUGGAGGGGCACUGGAAAGAGUCCAGGAAUGCUGCCACCCCCUGAGCAUUCAAUUGAAUGACAGUCAGGCCUGAACAAAAGAUUGUCAGAGAAGGGAACUGGCUUAAGGAUUCUGUACAACAUGGAGGGGAGAAGAGCGGUUGGCUCCUAACCUGUAGCUUUUUCUUCAGUGGUGAUGUCGUUUUCUUUGUGUAUUGACAACCUUCUGGUGGGUGCAGAUACCUGGGAACAAGCCCCAGGAUACAAAGAACCAAAGUGUCUGUCUUCUCCCUGGACGUUCUUACCUAAGGCUCUCAGCGCCACUCCCAAUGCUAUUUAGUGUGUGAAAUAAGGCUUUUCUUCUUCUUCUUCCCAAAGAGUGCCGUCCUCUCGUGCCCCUUGAUAACGCCUUACUAUCUCGCUGUAUUGCUUAUAACGAUACUUGAAGUAAAGUAUAUAAAAAUGAGGGUUUACUGGAAAAUAAAUAAUUGUGUACAAAGCAAAA